AUGAGUAACCGAUUCUCGCCACAAGAUCCUCGCCACGUCGAGGCGUACUUGGAGUAUAGGACUAUUGUUGGAGACACAGACAACGGCACCUUGCUGAGCCGUCAAGAGUACGACGCGGUGCGUGAGCGCGCAGCGGCUGCGAGUCGGAACCCUCUACGCGUGUUUUGGAGAAACAACGUCAGCGGCGUGGACUGCCGAAACGUGGGUCCGUCGUCUUUGUGUUUGUGUGGACAUCGGCUGCGCGACCACGAUUGGAUGGCGACUGAGACCAAAGCGGUGAAGUGUCGUAUGCAGGCAUGCAAAUGCCGGCUCUUUGAAUUCAUUCCGGUACACGGCUCUCAAGACGUCAAAUGCAGAUGCAAGCAUUCGUACGCAGACCACGACGUUUUGUCGCGAAAAUGCACUCGCUGUGCACCUCGACAGGCGCCGCCUUUCCAUCGCACUCAAAGGCUCAGCAAACCCAAACAGGCUGCCUCGGCUCUGUGUACUGGAUUCAUGCCGUCCUACACAUGUUCGUGUGGAUCUGCGUUCGCUGCACACGAAACUGUUUUUGAAACAACGAGCGAAAGACGGGAACAAGGCGCACCAGCUGUGGCAGGAGCGACAGGCACGGACGGAGACAGCUUGGCGUUCAUGGGCGGGCUCUCAGGUAAGGCCCAAAAACGCGGGCUGCAAGAGACAUGGAGAAGCCGGAGUGCACUGGAUGUGCUUUUCUCUGACCAGCUGCGGAGCUGUCUAGAAGCAAACCUCACUUCAGCGCCACGCAUCGGGCUGUCAAGGCCUGUACCUGCACUGCCUUUGUACCCAUUGACCUACCCCUCGACGUAG